CUGGCCGCAUAUCUUGCAAGAGGAGCAGAUGUAAUGGACUGCGUCUGCCUGUAUGGCGAUGUUGGGGCAGGGAAGAGCGUCUUCAGUCGAGCAUUCAUCAGGGCGUUUACUGAUGAUCCCGAUCUGCCCGUGCCCUCCCCGACCUAUCUGCUGCAGAACACAUAUGACAACGCCAAAGGUGCGAUUGUGCACCACUUUGAUUUGUACAGACUGGCUGGGCCGUCAGAGCUUGGCAGGCUGGAGCUAGACGAUGCUCUGAGCAGUGGCAUCUGCUUGUUUGAAUGGGCUGAGCGCCUU